AUGGAACACAGCAAAUCAUCCGCAGAAGCCCUCAUCCCCUCCUUCAAAUUCGAGCGCGUUCUCAAUCAAGACCAAGCAGGACGCCGAAUAGCCCUCCAUGGCAACAUCAACUCCCAACCCGCAAUCCUAAUCCUAGAGCGAGCACCGUUCCCCAACUCGCCCUCCUACCUCUCAACCCUCCCGUCCACCUUAUCAACCCUCGAAAACCUAGGCGCAAACGACAUAUACUUCUGGUACCUAGCCUUGUCUCCGGGACACGGCCCCUCCAAUUCCCAACAACCACCACCACCUACCAAAACAUCGACGUCCGAAGAAGGACUCUCAGACCUAAAGAUAAACCUAAUAUACCCCUGCACCGCCCAACAUAUCAAGAAGUACUCCGCGCAGGGUGUGCGACUAGUGCGUGAAACACCAGCUAUCUACCUCUCGAAAAUAAAACCAUACAUAGAAAGUAAACGUGCAGAUGGGCGGCUAAACUGGGUCUACAACAUCAUAGAAGGCAAGACCGAAGCGGAAGAUGUCAUAUACCGGACACCCCUCGGAUCCGCUGGCGAUGAAGGGUUUCUUUUGCUGCCGGAUCUGAAUUGGGACCGCAAGACCAUGGCGAGUUUGCAUUUGCUAGCAUUGGUGGAGAGGAGGGAUAUCUGGAGCUUGAGGGAUUUGAGGAAGAGCCAUGUUAAAUGGUUGAGGGAGAUGAGGGAGAAGUUGCUGGACGCAACGGUGAAGUGCUAUGCGGAGAAGGGGAUCGAGAAGGAUCAGCUGAAGCUAUACGUGCACUACCAGCCUACGUACUACCAUUUCCAUAUACAUAUUGUGCAUGUGGCGCUGGAGGCCGGCGCGACGCAGGCCACGGGCAAGGCGGUGGGGUUGGAGAACAUUGUGGAGACGCUGGAGCAUAUGCAAGGUGAUGAGGACGCUGGGAUGGAGAGCUUAGAAAUGCAUUAUACAGUUGGGGAAGCUAGUGAGCUAUGGACGGAGGUUUUUGAGCCUCUGAAGAAGAGCGAUAUAGCUUCUCAAUCGCAAUGA